AUGGACCUAUAUUUGCAUUUAUUCUCGGACCAGGCCUCUCGAAACCAGCAGCUAGAGGAAGACGACGACAGUGGAGGACAAAAAGAAGAUCGUAAAUACAAACACAGGAAGCAUCCAGCGCAAGUACAGAGUACCAUUUCAGCCGACCGCACCGGCGACAGCGUAUACCAACGCACAGCUCAAAUAUUCCAGGCUAUACUACCUACCGUCAGAAAGGGGCAAGAAUCCAAAGAUCAACAAGAUAUAUCAAGUCACAAUAACGGAGAAUUACUCCCGCCUGUCAUAAGAAAACGUACAUCCCGUAAAGGGAACUUCAUAAAAAACCAAGAUAUGGCUACGCAGAACCCAGCGCUUAGAAGCCUCGACGGCCCUGAUACCCGUACUACCAACUCAGAAGCAGGAGCAGGUCUCGUCCCGCAUCCCACAUUAAGCAGCUGUAUUCUUUCAAUAUCAGAAGUAUCAGCUUCGCCAGAGGGAUGCAGUACCGCAGAUCUAUCGGCUUUGAGAAGGAAUCUAGAGAGCUUGAAAGCAUCCCUGGUAGAAUCCCGCACAACUGAGGCGCUUCCAUCACCAGAGCCGAGAUGCCAGAUGAUAUACCGCGUGAACACUCCAGAUAACUCUUCUCGCAUGUACCUUGACCAACCACAGUGGACAGAGGGUGAUGAUGAAAGCAGCGACACUUUGAUAGGCAGUCUCGCAAUACAGAGUACCCAGUCAUAUCUGGACCGGCAUCCAGAAGUGUGCUUCGACGUAUACCGAGACUUUUCUAUCCCUGAAUCAGGCCAAAAGGAUGUUAAUAAUACAUCAUCCGUACCAAAACACGACUCAGAGACGAUAGAGACAACCUCUACAGCUUUGAAAUCUGCUCUUAUGAAGUUCAUACAAUUCUGUGGUUUCGUUAGAGACGCUACGGGUAGUAUAAAUGCUCUAGGUCAUGAUUCUGCUACUAUUCAGGACUUGAACAGGCUUUCAGCUCCGUAUCUAGCCUUUUACCAUGGCUCAAGACAAGUCAAGAAAAUCAUUGACAGCGGCAAAAUUACGAGGCGAUGCUUCAAAUACAUUUUUAAACCCGGUGAUGUGGUGGUUCAGAAAGAAGCUAGUGAAGUAAGGGGCCUUCUAUGCAGUUCCUGGGUUACCGAAGAACUAGUUGAAGAUACCAACAAGAUAUUUCUAAAGGAUAAGGCAUCAAAAGUACGAUACACUCUCAUGGCCCGUCAUUGGAAUUUCAAUGGUGUGUUUUCAUGUAAUAACGAUGCACUAAUAUGGGAAACGGAUGCCAACAACAACUCUCAGUUGGAAAUUGAUAGCUUGAGCGUGUGUCCUUUAGCUUUUGCCGGCAAAAGCCUAGCAGACAAACUGCGGCGCAGGGGGGAACGCAUUUGGAAGUGUCGUACAAAGUGCCUGGUCUCAUACCAUGAGGAUUCUACUCGGGAGUCACAUUACUCGGAUGAUGAAAGGUACAUGAUCGAUAUGGCAGUAUAUCGAGAAUUGCAUAAACCUAAAACAAAUUCUGAUAGUACCCUCCGGAACAUCAAGGAGGACUUAGGGACGGAUGAUCUUGGAUCUGGAGCAAUGAAACGAGAUGGCCCGCCUUCAACCGAGUUCCUGUACUUACUGCCUAUGAUGAUCAAGGGCUUUAACCUCAGGAAGAAGAAAUGGGUAGACCUCAAGGUCGAUAACAUAGGCGAUGUAGUAUGGAACGAGAUAGCUUUCGAGAGGCUCGUUCCCGAGGAAAAGACGAAAAGUUUGAUUCGAGCCCUCGUCAGCGAACAGAUCGAGACCACGAAGUCGACAGAUCUCAUCAGCGGUAAAGGGAACGGUUUGAUAAUGUUAUUGCAUGGAGGUCCAGGUACGGGUAAGACCCUGACAGCAGAGAGUGUAGCCGAGAUUGCCCGGAAGCCCCUUUAUCCCGUUACAUGCGGCGAUAUUGGAACAGAACCGGAAGACGUUGAAAACUACCUCGAGUCCGUUUUGCACCUCGGCAAGACCUGGGAGUGUGUCGUCCUUCUUGACGAGGCCGACGUAUUUCUCGAACAGCGCAGCCUCCAGGAUCUCCACCGAAACGCCCUGGUAUCCGUGUUCCUUCGAGUACUGGAGUAUUACGAGGGAAUAUUGAUUUUAACAAGCAACAGAGUCGGCACUUUCGACGAGGCAUUCAAAUCGCGUAUUCAGUUGGCUAUUCACUAUAGCGAUCUCAGUUUCUACCAACGCACCGAGAUCUGGAAGAAUUUCAUCUCGCGUCUCGAGGAUAUAGAAGAAGAGGAGAUGGAUGCCGCCGACCUAAGGGAUAAUAUCGAGAACCUGGCCCAGUUCAAGAUGAACGGAAGAGAAAUACGGAACGCCAUCACGAACGCGCGGCAGUACACCCGAUGGCAACGAAAGCAGCAACGGAACCCGGCAAAUUGCAAGCUUGACUACUCGAAGAUGAAGCUCAUCAUCGACACUUCUAUCAAGUUCGAUGAUUACAUCAAGGAAUUAAACGGAGAGUAUGAAAACGUUGCGGUGGACGAGGGCUUACGGGCAGAACAGAGAAAGAAUAUGUCGACCUCUAAAGGCAAAUAGAGGAAACCAACCUUAGGCACCCUACCUAGGUACCUAGGUAAUUAUCCGUUGCCUCUUGGAUGAUGAGAAUGGUUAUUUAUGAGACUGAAUCUGGACUGGCAUACUUUAUACCUUGGUGUUUUUCUUAGUAUUUCCUUUAUUAUGUUAGGUAGGUACAUAUAUGUACCACGAUCAAUUGUCUUAUGGGAAAAUGAGCUAUUUACACAGCGAGGGCGCCCCUAGAGAAUGAAUAAUACCUAUACACGGGGUUAGA